AUGCUCGCACAUCACACACGGAGUUCAUUCUCGCACUGCCUGCGGCUCAGAAGGUUUCGCUUGAUUUGUGACGGCGUUGGACAUGCGGCCCAGCAACAGAGUCCAGCGGUUUCAGCGUGUGCAUUGACAUAGGUGCGCGCCAACCGGCCGAUACAAGGUAGAGGCCUCCUUUGAUGUUAGCGCUUCAUCCUCGAAACUCGGUGGAAUCUCUUCCCGAGAUGGAUCUUCCUCAAGACGGUGUUGGAGGCUCUGGAGACGGCGAUAUCGUCGGGCAGGACUCAUCCGCGACCGCGGUGCCUCCCGUCACGUCGGAACGCACGCGACGGCUCGUCGAAUAUGCCUCCGUCGGGAUACUGUUCUUCAUCAACCUCAUCAACUACAUGGACAGGUACACGGUAGCCGGGGUGCUGGACCAGGUGAUAGACCACUACAAGCUGAAGAAUUCCCAAGGAGGGCUGCUGCAGACGGUGUUUGUGAUAACGUACAUGAUAACUGCACCCGUGUUUGGCUACCUGGGUGAUCGCCACAGUCGUCGAGCCAUCAUGGCUGCAGGGGUUUUCUUCUGGAGCGCCACCACUCUUCUGGGUUCCAUACCACCAAAGGAUUUUGCACUGUUUGCUCUGCUGCGUGGCCUGGUGGGCGUUGGAGAGGCCAGCUACUCCACUGUGGCCCCAACAGUCAUAGGGGACCUCUUCUCAGGACCACGCAGAAGCACCAUGUUGGCUGCCUUCUACUUUGCCAUCCCCGUAGGCAGUGGCAUGGGCUACAUUGUUGGUGCAUCUGUGGCUGAGGCGCUGCACGGAUGGUACUGGGCCCUCAGGGUGACCCCCGUGCUCGGUGCGCUAGCAGUGCUGCUGAUACUGUUUGUCUUGCGUGAGCCCCUGAGGGGGGCCAGUGAAGGGGCCACCACCUUGGGUCCUUCGACGCUUAAGGACGACCUGCGUUCCCUGGUCAACAACCGCUCGUACAUCUGGUCCACACUGGGCUUCACGUGUGUCACUUUUGCCACGGGUGCCCUGUCCUGGUGGGCCCCCAGUUACAUGACGCAUGCCCUUGAGCUGUACAAUCCGGAUGGCAAGGCUGACGAAGGAAGGGUGAACCGCAUCUUUGGCAUCAUCACCACCCUGGCGGGCAUAGUGGGCGUGGCCACGGGCAGUGCCCUGUCCUCCCACUUCCGCAAGUGGUCGGUGCGGGCCGACGCCCUCAUCUGCGGUGGAGGCAUGCUCAUCAGUGUGCCCCUGCUGUUUGUUGGUGCCACCAUUGCGCACCGCAUGCCAACCGUCACGUGGGUGCUGUUCUUCUUUGGCAUGACAGCCAUCUGCCUCAACUGGUCUAUAGUUGCCGACAUUCUUCUGUACAUCCUGGUGCCUUCGCGGAGGGCCACUGGUGCUGCUUUCCAGAUCUUAAUAUCGCAUCUACUGGGUGACGCCAGCAGUCCGUACAUUGUUGGCGUGAUAUACGACGCAAUCCUGGCAGGCCGGACGGAUGUGUCGGCCCACUUCUUCAGCCUGCAGUAUGCGUUGUUCCUGCCUGUUGUAGUACUGGUGGUGGGGAGUUUGUUCUUUGUCGUCCUCUCGUGGCACAUUGUGGCCGACAGGGACCGCUGCGCUGUGCUCACUCAUGGCCAGACGGACCACCCCGGUGGCGAGACAGACGCUGACCAGUCGCUGCCCAAUGUGGCAGAAGGUGACAGAAUUUACCUCAUUCCCGAGGACGAUUGAUACCUCGAGCUGAACGCUACCAUUCCUCCGACGUUGGUGGCUGCCCUUUGGUCUGGCCGCUCCUGGUGUGCAUUUGUACUUUGCCUAACAGCGCUUCCUCUGCUGUGAGUGCUCAGGCCACCGGACCGGCUGUGACAGCAGUGCAAGAUUCAGGGACCAGUGCUUGCUAAAGCGAGCGUUGGAUAUUACAAUGAGCAUCGCAUACGCUAAGCAUUGUAGAAGCAGUGGGCAGUCAUUGGGUGUGGUCAUCUGCAAAGAACUCUUGCGAUUGGUGGUUGACAUAUCAUAGACUGUUGUAUGAACUUUGAGCCGUUUGAAUGUGAAGUGUGCGAUAGUGGGCCUGCCUAAAGCAGGAAGCCUGUACCAGUACCUUUUGUUAAAUGGUCACUUUUGCACUGUUUCACGCGGCAAUAAUUGGUAAUCCUAAAUAUAGCUGAAUGUGGCUGUUGCCUAGUCAAGCAAUUGUGUGAUGGACGCAAUUUUUUUGUUAGUGAUCAUUACAGUUUUCCUGACAUAAAGACAAACUUUUGUAAAAUAUGUAUUGCAUUGAUAUAGGUAGUGCUGAUUAUCAGGUGUUUUUGCAUCUGUGCUGACAGUUCGCUGACUUCUCUCGAGCGCGUGCCUCCUACCAUCCUGCAUACUGCAUGUCUCGCCAUGACUUGUGUACAAACACCUGAAAAUUUAUUGAAGGGGUGCAUAAGUGCCUGGGGAUUACAAGUUUAGCCAAUUUUUAAGGUUUACUCUGAAGAAAUAGAUAGCUUGAAAGUAGUUCGCAUGUGAAAGGCUGUUUGUAUUUUGUUUUACAACUUCGGGUAUGGGAGCUUCUAAUGGCAUAUUGAGAUUACGGAGUAUUCACUCACAUUUGCUAAUAUCAAAAGAAUGUAUGCGAGUGUAAACUUGUGCCUUACUGAUGAAUUAAGAUGAUGGGGUUGUGAAUUGGAAUGACAUAGUUGGAAGGGAGAAGCCCAAAUAUUAUGGUCUUUAUGAUGUUGCAUGAGGGUGGUAAAUACCACGCCCAAAGGAAAAUCAGUAUAAAGUCUAAAAUUUCAAGUGUUUUCCACAGUCAGUGCAAGCUUUUGUCUGUGAUUCAUAAAGUAGUACUUCCACUUAUUUGUCAUGGAAACGAAAUUUCACAUGGCUGAUCCGCGCUUGGGGACUACUUCUCUCCUUGUUGUCCAUAUUUUUCCCCUGUUUUAUUGCAGUUGAACUAAUUUUUGCAAAGCAACUAUUGUGUUUAGAACAAAAUGACAUGUGUUUUAAAUAUCCUUUAUUUCAGAUGCACUGUUUCUAGAAAUUUGAGAUUAAAAUGAUAUUUUCUUGUGA